CAAUACGUACAAUAUAUUUUCAGUUCUUUCAAUAAAUAUUGAAUAUUUACUUGAAAAAUAUGGAACAUUGAAAUUGAACAAAGAUUAAGGCGAAUAUGGUAUUGGAAUUCGAUUCGGACCUUGAUAUAGCAUAAUGUUUUUAUAAACAACUUUUACUUGGUUCUAUAUGAAUUCAACAACUGAAACCAGCACUUUCUAUACGACAACAGAUGAAACAAAUUUGUCCCAACAGGUGUUUAAUGCAACAAUUUCUGGAGUGUUAUUUGUGUUGGUUGGACUAGGCUUGUUUUGUUUCACUAGCAGGAGUCGCGCACGCUCACGAGAUGCGAGUUCACGUGGAUGUUUUUCCGAGUGCUUUAAGGCGAUUGGUGGGUGUUUUUCCGGGUGCUUUAAGGUGAUUGGUGGAUGUUUUUCUGUGUGUUUCAUGAAGUGCCAAACAUGUUUCAAGACUAUCGCUGAUAUGGAUUGCAGGUGCCAAUGGUGUAAGCGUAUCACUAUGAACACAGAGGCGCCAACGCCUACACGCGACAACAGCUCAACCAGAACCGCCACCACUUCGUCCAGUAUACAGACGGACAACCCUCACUUGGAGGGCGCACCGGUGCCACCAGCUUCCGGUCCGGAGCCGCCUCCAUACCCGCUAGAUCUGGAAGUGGCUCCACCGACAUAUUCAGUGGCCAUGAGAGACGUAACAGUGUACCAAGUACGGGAAACCGGGAGUGCAGAAUCCCCGCCUCCGCGAUAUGACGUCAUAUUUUGUGCUACAUAAGCUAGACAACAGACAAAAACAAACAUAGAUUUGACAUUUUUCUCUCUCAAAAAUAACACAAACGUCAUGUCGAUAUGAGCGGAUAUUUAAAACAAAAUAUGAUUUCGUUGAUCAACUCUGAAAAAAAAAUACCGAUAAGAUUUAUUUUUACAUUGUUCAAAAAGUCAACCACUAUCUUUAACCAUUCUUAUUUCAUUUUCAAAUAACAUUUAACGGACCGUUAAAAUGAAAUAAAUACGUUCACGAACCGUGAAAUAUUCCACUAUCAAUAAGAGUUGAAGGUGAUUGCCUAUGUGAAGAUUAUCGCAUUGAAUAAUUAUGUAUUCUGUAAGAACAACCAUUUUAAUAAUCUUAUACGCUGAACAUUGCAUUCAAAUGUGUCUCAUGUCCAUUAUAAAUGAUCAGUGUAUAUAAUCGCUCAGAGGUUUGUAUAAUGAUACUAAUUAUAUCUUCACUGAAACCAACGUUUAUCAACUUUAUAUUUAGUUUGUAUGCGAUCAUAUACAAAUCAAUAAUUUAGUUCAUCAAUCAUUCUUAUCAAUACAUGUAUAUUGAAAAUACUUUAUCAGUUAAUAUGCUAUUUUUAUUAUUCGUUUAUUACC